AUGGGGCGCGCGCCCAGCAACAGCCUGAGCCGGUCGUCCUCGGGGGAGGUCGCAUCUCCGGUGUCCAAAUACGCCGUGCAAAGGAGCCAGGGAUCGCUGGACCAGGCGGCUAUGGUGGCGCUGUCGUCAGCAGCGCUGGGCAAUCUGACGGUGCGGACGUCAGCAAAGGAGCGGCCGGGGGAGAAGCCCGGGCGGGGAAGGGCGGCGUCGGCGGACGUGCAGCCGGGGUCGCCCUGGCCCAUCGCGGCGUCUGCACAACGAGCGCCGUCCUCCAAGCCCCCCCUUCCCACCCCGCCCACCCGCGCUUCCUCCGUCAGCGCCGCCAUUCCGUUUCCGUCCAGCCCGCCUUCCGCUUCCGCCGUCAACAGCCGGUUGAGCGCCAGCGGACCUCUUCCGACGUCAGCCACAGCUUCCGCCCCGGUCUCAAACGGCCAAUCGCCCACGUCACCCAUCGCCCGGCGAUCGAAUUCUCUGCCCAGUGCCGGGCAACCCCCGCCUAAUCUGGGCGGCUCUUCGUCUUUCCACCAGUCAAACGGGCCAAGCAUCGCGGCCGGCAGAUUAGCUACCGGGCAGUCCCCCGGUCAGACAAACUCUGGUGGAAAGGCUUCGGUGUCGGCAGGCGUUUCGCUGAGUAGCCCUGUUGCGAAAACGGCGAGCACAGGUUCGAGCAAGGCAGGGCUAGCUGCGACAGCAAGUACGUCCGGGGGUGUGGCGGCCGGCUCGCCUAAAGCCGCGAAACCUGCGCAGCCCAGGUUCGGUUUUGGGUCGUCUAGCGUAAAAGUCACGACCACGCCAAUAAGUUCGUCAGCCGCGGGCGCGGGGGGAACCGCGGCUGAUGCGUCGGCAAAGGCCGGUGAUGGCUCCAGUAAAAUAGGGUCAGUAGCGGGUCUAGUCAAGUCCGGAAGUAUAGGUGCGGACAAGGUGGGGGUUCAAGGGGUGAAAAAACCAAACCCUGGCAUUGCACCUCGAACGAGUGUUCCGGCCUCGGGGCGGAAACCGUUCUGAUGCGGAAGCGCGGAUGUCGAAAGGUAUGGGCAUAUAGGAACUUAACAAAGAGCAAGGUAGGAAGCCGUAUUGGCUGCAUGCAGGUUGUGGAUCAAAGAAGCUACCCAGCGGCAAAGGUGUAGAACGAAUGGUUGGUUCGGCAGCAGCUUCGAGAGGUGUUACUCAUCUUUUCUUGUGUAACUUAUCCUGGAAAAAGAGCCGAGGCAAUAGUUAGCCUGCUCAUCAUAGUAAGGGUCGUCCUAAACGUUCGACUUUAUAUAAUAGGAAGCUGUUGUACCAUAGGUCAAGGACAACAACGGAGAGUCAUUGGAUAGAAUCGAAAUGCUGGCAGGUGGACGUGAAAUCGGAAAGCAAACACCAAGUCCGACG